AUGAACGACGCUUUUCCAGGUUCUGAUUUGGAUGGCGAUGAAUAUGCUGUCAUUUGGGAUCAGGAAUUGUUGUUAAAUCGUAAUGAAAAUCCGUUCGACUACACUCCAGAUAAAACGAAAAUCCUUCCUGUUGACGAGAAAAGAAUAAAUGAUGAUAUGGUUAAAUUUUACAUCACUUACAUCACUCAAGAUUCUGUGGGCACAAUUUCGAACUCGUUCCUUUUCAAUGCGGAUCUUUACGGCAUCAAUUCUGAAGUACGUUCUUAUAUUUAA